CGGUGGUAUAAUUAUGCGCGAGCAUGUGCUGGAGAUGAAAUUGAAAACCGUUACAUUUGUCGAUUCCAGUAAUUUCAAAUAAAGGUAAAAUUAAUAUAUUUUUCAACGUGUAUAUUAACUGUGAUACGCCAUGGAUGCAAAUGAAGGCAAGAUAAAUGAAACUAUAGAAAUUCAACUUUUAAUUAAUUUUUCUAAAACUGAAGGUCCUAAUCUGCUGUAUGAUGUAUGCAGUAUAUUAUGUGGUAAAUAUGAAGAUGUAAUAAGUAAUGAGCUUUCUACAUUUAUAAUCAAAGAAAUAAGUAAUCAUGAUAACUUGGAGGAAAUUGUAUAUAAGAGUAUAAGUGGAACCGAUAUGCAACAAUCAUGGUUGUGUAUAGGAAUAGCUUCUUUGUUAUAUUUUGCACAAUAUAAUUGGACUGGUCCAUAUAUUGAGGAUAAGGAUAUCAAUUGGUUAAAAAGUGAAAGACAUAAAGCACUCAAGACUUUAUCGUUACAUGAUGAAUGCAAUAUAAAUAUCCAAAAACCAGAGUUACUUUAUCUGUCCAAAAUAAUAUUCUCUAACACAGACUUACAACUUAAGUAUAAAAGCUGCAUUUGGUGGUUAUUUAGAACCAAUUUGUUACAUCAAUAUAUAUUAGAUGAAAAUUCAGGGAUAAUAUUUGAAGAAACUGAGAAUCUAAUAUUGAGAAUCAAUUCUCUCAAUAUAUUAGAAAACCCUUUCUGCAAGCUUUUAUUCAAUUUGGAGGCUGCUAGAUUUUACUUAUGCUUCCGAAGAACACAAGAUUCUGAAAAAUAUCUUGAUCAUGCACAGAACAUAGCAGGCUUAACAUUGAAUCUACAAGGUGCAAUGGGAAAACGUACAAAGUACCAACUGGAAGAAAAGUCACAACUGUACUUGCAAGCAGUAAUAAGCAAAGAUAUUUUUCCAAUGAUAGAUUGUGAAAAUAUACCAUUAUCUGUAACUUUAGAUGAUGAGUUGAGAUUAGAACGUAUUGAGUUCUCAGAGCAUACAGAAGAAACCCAUUUAGGUGCAGUGGAAGAAGCUGUAAUUUUAACAGAAUAUGCUCGGUUACAGAUGUGUCAGCCUAAACACAAACUUACUCAAGAAGAAAUCAGUCCCUAUCUGACGAAAGUUAUAGAGAACACAAAAAAUUGGUCAUUAAAGAUGACUUCUUUGUACUAUCGUUGCUCAUUAGAGCGUGAUCACUUUAGAACUGCACCAAGAUGUCUGAAGCAAGGACAAUCUUUAGAGCAGGAAUAUAAUGAUGGAAAAGCACCUGUAGCCAGAAGAAUGGAUCUAUUUUUUGCAAGUGGUAUGAAACCUAUUUGGAUAUUAAGAGAGGAAGUAGCUUACCAAAUGCUUCAUCUUGACAUGAUAAAAGCUGCUCUGGAAGCCUAUACAAAACUUGGUUUAUGGGAAGAAGUGAUUACCUGUUACUGCAGAUUAAAUUUGAAUCAUAAAGCAGCUGAGAUUAUUCAAAAACAAUUAUGUGAAAAACCAACGGUGAAAUUAUGGUGUCUACUAGGAGAUAUAACUGGCGACAUGAGUCAUUAUGAAACAGCAUGGAAAUUAUCUGGCGAGAAAAGCGGUAGAGCACAAAGACAAUGGGGUUAUUAUUAUUUCACAAGGAAAAAUUACACUGAGGCUGUCCCACAUUUGAAGUUAUCAGUUGAAUUGAAUAAUAUUCAAGAAGGUGCAUGGUUUAGACUGGGCUAUGCUGCAUUACAGAUAGAAAAUUGGAAUUUGGCUGCUACAGCAUACAGACGUUAUUGUGCCUUAGAACCAUCUAGUUUCGAGGCAUGGAACAAUCUAGCAAAAGCAUACAUAAGAAUGGGAAAUAUAGCAAGAGCACGAAAAUCUCUAGAGGAUGCUCUGAAAUGUGAUUAUGAUCGUUGGGAAGUGUGGGAUAAUUUCAUGGUCGUUAAUACUGAUUUAGGACAUUUUUCAGAAGUUAUUCGAUGUUAUCAUCGUAUUUUAGAUUUAAAAGGCACUCACUUGGAUGUCCAAGUUCUCCGAAUAUUAACAGCUGCUAUAGUCAACGAUAUUAAUGAUGCAAAUGGAAAUCCGGCAUCCCGUUUGCUUCAAAAAGGUUUAGAGUUAUUUGGAAGACUUAGUUUUAAAGUGGAUAACCCACAUGUUUGGAGAACGUAUGCUGAACUCGUUGCAUUGAAAAAGACAGAUGUUGAUAAUGAAAAAGCAACUCAUUACUUGCAACAAGCGUACCGCGUUGCCACUUUUGACCCACACUGGUCUGAUAACGAAGAUCAAACUUUGUACAUAUUAGAGUUAUGUUGUGAUAUGACACAAGCAUAUUUACGUUGCACCGCCAACGCGGUCAAUAAGAAGAGAAAAAUGUUAGGAAGUGCAAAAUUAUCUCUCCAAAAAGUUGUGAAAGAAGUCAAAAACCAGGAAUGGACUCAUUCAAAUAUCCUUGAAUCACUGACCAAAGUUGAAGAGUAUUUAACAACUGUAAUCAAUGAAUUAGACGAAAUAAAAACAAUGUAAUUGGAAAAACAGAUAACGACAAGAUAAAAACGAGGACAAAAUUGUCGCUUGCAAGUACAUUUUUUGGGAGUUAUAAAACUUUCAAAAAUAACUAUCACUCUCGCUGUUCUCGACGGACUCUUUCUUGGCGGCUAUCAGAUUUUCCCAUUGUGCAAUAAGUGUGCUACGACGUCGUGGAU